AGAGAGAGAGAGAGAGAGAGAGGGAGAGAGAUUUCGAAGACGUAAUUCUUGAAUCCACAUCUACCACUAGAUUUCCACGAAGCAAACCCUAGAGAGAAAACCACCUGAAAGCUCAGCUCUGUUUUCAGCAAAGCAAUUUCAGGAAAUCAACAAAUUCAACGUCUCGGAAUUUUGUUUUCCAUUUCCUCUUUCAGAAUGCUGAGAGACUUCAAAUUCCUUCGCCGGAAUUCCGGUAAGAGCGAGGAGAUUGAGAAUGUGCCCGUAAACCCUAGGGAUUCGUUGGGGAUUCAGACUGGAACUGACUCGUUGAGGGCUCCUCUGAAUGCAAUCCAAGAGCCGAUUGAAAACCCUAAGCCGGAGCAAGAAGUGGGGUUUAGGAGUAAGAUUGAGAGGACUCCAACUAAGGCCAAGGGGAAAGCUUCGGAUCCUGCAUUGCAUCUUCGCACACCAGACAAGCAUGGCUUUGGGUUCUCGGGGAAGAAUAAUUUUGGGUGGGCUCAAAAGCACGAUCCUGGUUCUAUAACCGGUGAUUUGCCCGACGAUGGAAGCAAUUCUUCUGUGCAAGUGAGAGGAGGGGUUGGAACUGGAAAUGGUGGUUUGGUUAGUAUGACUCCUCGAACCACUCGGACGGUGGGAAGGGCUCCUUCGGGUUAUUCUGAGAGCAAUUCGACGCAAAGCACGCCGGGUAAGAGUGUUAGUAAACCUCCGAGUUUGGGGAUUCGGAGUAGGGUUGAUGGAAAUGCCGGUGCUCGUGCCGGGAACUUUGCUGCAUUGUAUAAAGGGUUGCCGAUUUCUUGUGGUCAACCUACGGUUGUUAAUACUGUGGAAGUGCCUUACUUUGAGCUCAGGGAAGAGCCUUCAUUCUGGAUGGAACACAGUGUACAGGUUAUUAUACGUGUCCGUCCUCUCAAUAGCAUGGAAAAGAGUACAAAUGGCUACAACAGGUGCUUGAAGCAAGAAAGUUCUCAAACAAUUACUUGGAUAGGGCAACCAGAAAAUCGAUUUACUUUUGACCAUGUAGCAUGUGAAACAGUGGACCAGGAGACACUUUUUAGAAUGGUUGGUCUGCCAAUGGUAGAGAAUUGCUUGUCCGGGUACAAUAGCUGUAUGUUUGCCUAUGGCCAGACAGGAAGUGGGAAGACACAUACAAUGCUUGGAGAGAUUGAUGAUUUAGAAGUCAAGCCUAGUCCACAUCGUGGAAUGACACCACGCAUUUUUGAAUUCUUGUUUGCAAGGAUCCAAGCGGAAGAGGAAAGUCGAAAAGACGAAAAACUAAACUACACUUGCAAGUGUUCUUUCUUAGAGAUAUACAAUGAACAAAUUACAGAUCUCCUUGAUCCCUCAUCUACCAAUUUGAUGCUCCGGGAGGAUGUUAAGACAGGUGUCUAUGUGGAAAAUCUCUCUGAAUUUGAAGUUCGGACUGUGAGCGAAAUUCUAGGGCUUCUAACUCAGGGUUCUUCAAAUAGGAGGGUCGCAGCUACAAAUAUGAAUAGAGAAAGUAGUCGUUCACACAGUGUAUUUACAUGCGUAAUUGAGAGUCGAUGGGAAAAAGAUUCCACAACUAACCUACGGUUUGCAAGGCUAAACCUAGUUGAUCUUGCUGGUUCAGAGAGGCAGAAAACUUCUGGUGCAGAGGGUGAGCGUUUGAAGGAAGCUGCUAACAUUAAUAAGUCAUUGUCUACUCUGGGUCAUGUGAUAAUGGUUCUAGUGGAUGUUGCAAAUGGGAAGCUAAGACAUAUUCCCUAUAGAGAUUCAAGGCUAACCUUUCUUCUUCAGGAUUCACUUGGUGGAAACUCAAAGACAAUGAUAAUUGCAAAUGUCAGCCCUUCUAUCUGUUGUGCGGCCGAAACACUGAACACUCUUAAGUUUGCUCAGCGAGCAAAACUUAUUCAAAACAAUGCUGUGGUGAAUGAAGAUUCUACAGGGGAUGUUAUUGCACUACAACACCAGAUACAACUUCUAAAGGAAGAGCUUUCUAUCCUUAAACGUCAGAAUGUCUCCAGAUCUUUGUCAUUUGGUUUGACAAGUGUCAAAGAUACAACAAAAGAAGAAGAAAAUGCAUGUACAACAAACAUACACAACAUGGAUCAACAACGGAUUAAUGACUCACUUGGGUAUGAAUCCAAGGGCAUCAUUAGAAUGUCUACCAAACAGUUGAAAUCUAUGGAGACAACACUUGCUGGUUCCUUGAGAAGGGAGCAGAUGGUAGAAAUUUCUAUCAAGCAACUUGAUGCUGAAGUUGAACAGUUGAACCGCUUGGUUCGUCAAAGAGAGGAAGACACCAGGUGUAGUAAAAUGAUGCUCAGGUUUCGGGAAGACAAAAUUCAAAGAAUGGAGUCACUUCUUAGAGAUUCUAUUCCUGCAGACGCUUAUUUACUGGAAGAGAAUAGAGCACUAUCUGAGGAGAUUCAGCUGCUUCAAGCUAAAGUUGAUAGAAAUCCUGAAGUAACUCGCUUUGCUUUGGAGAACAUAAGGCUUUUAGACCAACUUAGAAGAUUUCAAGAGUUCUAUGAAGAAGGGGAGAGAGAGAUACUGUUGGCUGAAGUAUCCACACUGCGGGAUCAGUUGCUUCAAUUGCUUGGUGAGAACUCUAAGCAGCAUAAUGAUCCAAAUUUUAGUAUGCAACCAAAGGAAACUACAUGCAUCAGCAAAGCAAAUGAUUUUCACCACCUGGAGUUGAAAAACACUCUCGGCGAGUUAGAGGAAUGCAGGCGCCAAUUAAACUCUUGCUUAGAUGAUAAUGCAAAACUCAGAAGGGAGUUAGAUGAUGUACGCGCUAUGUUCGAGAAUAUCAGAUCUGAACCCCAUGAACAUGAUGCCAUCUUUAAGACAACAAAGGAUUCAUUAAAAGGUCCAGCUGUUGACGAUCAGGUGCUCAAGGCAGUCCAAAAUGAGAAAUUGGAUGGGAGCCAUGAAUCUUUGCUGAUAAAACACGCAGAAGAAAUGGUGAAUUUGCAGCUGGAACUGGAUAUACUAAAGAUAAUUAUCAAAGAAGAGAGGUUGUCUUGUCAUGAAAUCGAGGAAAGGGCAAUGUGCUUUAAUAGAGAUCUUUGGCUGGCGAAAGAAAAACUUUUACUGACAAGUAAACAGUAUGAUGAUGCAAAAAGUGAAUUGGAACAGGCAAAGUCUGUUAUUGAAGCUCUUGAGUCACAGCAAAUUCUAUCGAUUAAUGAGAUGGAGGACCUGAGGACUACCAACAGUCAUUAUCUGCAGCUUUUGAGUAAACAUGAACUUGAAAUUAUGGCUUUGAAGGAGCAGCUUGCUUUUAAAGAGUUGCGAUGUCACUCACCUUCAACCCAUACAGAGAGUGACAACUCCCCCUUACAGGUUAAAUUGAAGAGGAUGCAAGCCUCUCUUGAAAAGGCCAGGAGACUGAAUAAUUGGUACCAAGGUGACCGUGCACAUCAGGUGUCCAAUGAAAAAGAGAUGGAUGAAGUUCGCAGGCAGGUUGAGGCUGAGACUGCUGAAGUGAUUGUCUGUAUGCAGGAAGAACUUGGGGUACUUCAGCACCAAGUUCAAGAUAGUCAUUUGAAAGAAAUGGAGAUGAAAAGGGCUGCAACACUUAUGGAGACUGAAUUGAAAGAGGUUCAGGAAAAGCUCUACCUCAUAACUGAAGAUAACAAAAGCUUGAAUCAAAAGCUAGAAGAGAAAGAUAGGGAACUGAUAACAUUAUCUGAAGAAUGGGAACUGUUGACCUGUGAGAUUGAAGAAGUUCUUGCUGAUGGGCGUGAGGCACUCAUCAAUGCCUCUGAUCAGCUUGAACUCAUAUCAAGUUCCUUUCCACAGAAAAGGAUUUGGAUAUCCGACCAAGUUGGCAGGAUGAUUAGAGUCAUCUCUGAAAAGGAAUUAUUGAUUGAAGAACUCAGAAGAUGUUUAGAGGAUGCAAACAAUAAAAAAAGUGGUGUGGAGUGCAUGCUGAAGUCUUUGAGAGGAGCAGCACUGGCUAUUACUGAAGCACACCAGCAGGAGUGCAGUGAAAAGGAGAAAGAAAUCCUCCAGUUGACGUCAGAGUUGAUUACACAGACAUCUACAAUAGCAAAGCUGGAGGACAGACUUAAACUGGCAGAAGAUCAGAUUGAAAAAUCAUCAGUUUGCGCAACAGUUGCUUUUGUGAUUGUCAAUAGAUUAUCAGAAAUUAAUCUUAGUUAUGUUGAUGCAUUAAAGCACAAUGAUUUCCAGCUUAGUCAAUCAGCAGAGAUGAACUUGAGAAAGGAUGCCAUUCUCAAUGAUCAAGCUGGUAAGAUUGAAGAAUCAGAGAAGCAGAUAUGGUCUCUGAGGGGGGAAGUAGAAGAGCUGGAGGGGAGCUUUACGAAACUAAGAGAACAACUUUCUGAGGAGCAGGAGCGUUCUUGUGCUAUGGAACAAAAGCUAAAAGCUUUUGAAGAGAAUGAGAUUUUGAUGACAAGGGAGAAACUUGCUGAGCUAAAAUCAGGCGUAUCCACACUCAGGUCUUGCAUGAGCACAUAUGUGGAGCAUUGUGGAAGUCCUGCUAGGGAUGAUUCACAAGAAUUUUGUAAUGGAGAUGGUGAAGGACGGACAGACACUGAAAUAAAUCAAGUUUGUGACAUAGACUUAAAUUUUGUUGAAGACCAGAGAGUUGAUACAUCUGAAUAUUCUAAAGUGGAGAACAGUGUGUGCCACAAUUCAUAUGAUGAGAAAAAUAUAAGAUGUAAAAGCAUUUGCAAGGAUGUGUGUAAUAGAGAUGUUACCAUUAUACUUUUGAAAAAGGAAAUAGAAUUUGCCCUUGAAAGCUUGACGGAGGUGCAAGCUGAGAUGGUGAAACUACACGACGAGAAAAAACAGAUGUGGAUAUAUGAGAAACAAAGUCAGGAAAGCAUGCAAUUUCUUAUAAGUAAGGUACUGACACUGGAAUCAGCUAUGAGUAACUUCGAAAAGCAAUCUAGACUCAAGAUUGAAGUUUUCAACCAUAGGCUGAAUGCAUUUGAGCAAACUGUGGAAGAAGCUGGGUUUCAAUGGUGUCAGACUAAAGAGUUGAUUGAACUUGAAGUUGGUGAUGCAAGGAUGGUUGCAGCCCAGAAAGCCGCGGAGGCUUCCUGUAUCAUUGCCAAAUUUGAAGAGGCCCAAGAUACUAUUGAAGAUGCAGAUAUUAUGAUCAAUAAACUAAUGAUAGCAAAUGGACAAAUGAAGCUUGAUAUAGAAAGGCUGAAGGAAAUGGAAGCCACAUUAGUCAAUGACAGGAGUCUAUUAAUCGAUGAGGUUCAGAGCUUGCAGGCCAUCAAUGAUGUGAAGCAUCAGCAGUAUGAAAACCUUGAAAAGCAGCUUGGCUCACAUUUGACAGAAACAAGGGAUCAGGUUAUGGAGCUUGAGGGUAUCAUCACAGAGUUCCAGACUACAUUUAACAAAAACUUCAUGUCUUUAGGCUAUGACUUCCAUUGCAUGAAGUCUCUGCUUUUAAAUUCCACAAAGUCGGUGCGUUCAUGGCUUGAGGAUGUUUGGUCUCAAAUAAUUGUGAAGGACAGUGCUGUGUCAGUGCUACACCUCUGUCACAUGGGAAUUUUGUUGGAAACAGUCACUGGGCUGAAUGCAGAGAAUGGUUUACUUCAACAUGGUCUAUGUGAAUCAAACUCUAUUAUGGCUGAUUUGAGGGAACACAAUGUUAAGUCAAAACGAGAGCUUGACAUGUGUAGAAUCCUUAAAGGGAAACUACUGGCUGAUAUCAAGAACAGUUUUGAUAAAAUUUCAAGGAAAGAAGAGGAAACUGGGGAGCUUAGUGUCAAGGUAACUUCCUUUGAGAAAAAAAUAUCAGACCUUCAGCUCCAAGAGGAGUUGAUGUUGGAAAGGUCUAAUUAUAUGGGAUCUCAGCUUGCGAUUUUGAUAAAGGAGUUGGACCUGAGUAACACUGAUGCUUUGGCAUACCUUCUGAAUCAGGAGAAAAUGCUAAAAUAUAAAGAGGAGGUCCUCGAAUCUCGGGCUGAUUUUUUCAUGGUAGAUUGGUGCUCUAAAGAAUUUGAGUCACUUAUUUUGGCUUCAGAAUUAGAAGAGAUGGCUCUCCAGAAAGCUGAUGCAGAAAGACACCUUAGAAAGUGUUGUUCAGUCCUUGAGAAUUUCAAGAAAGAAACAAUUUUUCUCAAGGUUGACGCAGAGUUGAAACUAAAGCUUCUACUCGAUCAGGAUAUCGAGGUUUCCCUUCUACUAAAAGAAAUUCAAGAGGCAAAAAUGGAGAGGAAGGACCUGUUGUUAAAGCUGGAUGAGAGCAAUUUAAGAAUUUCACAGAUGGAGGAUGUAAACAAGGCUCAUGAACAGGACAUUCUGCUGCUAAAGGAUGUUGCUUGUUCAAAUGAUAGGUUGAAAGGUGAACUUGGUGAAGUCAAGGAAACAAAGGUCAGGCUGUUGAGCCAGCUUCAAGCACGUGAAGCUGAAUAUGAAAAUCUACUGAAAGAUUUCAAAACUAAGGAAACAGCAUUAGAAGUUUCUUCCAGUCAAAUUUCUGCCCUUGAUGAAAAAAACCAAGUGUUGCAGAAGGAUUUUUGCAUGCUGGAAAGUUUGUCAAGCAGACUUCAAAAUGAGUUGGACAUAAAAACUGCAGAGCUAAGCAGAACGGUCAGCUUGGGGGACAAGAAUGAAUCAUUGAAAAGUGAGAUAACGGAGUUGAAGGCUGAAAACAGGUUGUUUCUUCAAGACUUGGAGGAAAAAAGUUCUGAUUUGGAAUCAUCGUUGAACCGCAUUGACGUCUUUGAUAAGGAAAAUCACAGGUUGCAAACUGAAAUAUUCUCUUUGGAAACUCGUAUUGUCAGACUACAGACCGAUCUGGAGAUGAAAAAUGCUGAAUUGAAUGAACUCCAACAUUCUCAAUCUGUUAUUCUUGAGGAUUUAUGUUCGACAAGCCGGGACUGGCAAAAUUAUGAUAACAAUGUGAAUUCAUUGAAGGAAGAGAAUGCUUUCUUAAGAAAUGAACUUUGCUUCCAGAAGAAAAGUAAGCACAGAGUCCUCUCUAUCUUGAGCUUGAACAUUAUGAAAUGGGUUGAUACAGUGGAAACUGUCGAUAUGAUGGGUAGCAGAUUACUUAACAUACUGAAUGAAAAAAGCUCUUCAAUUGUGGAUAAAAUGUCCCAAGAGACAUCAGAAAACAUAGAGAGGACAUCUACGUUCAUAGAAGAGCUUGACUGCUUGGAAUGCCAUGCUAAAGAGCUGGUAUCGGAAAAUUUGACUCUCCAUGCUGAGCUAUUGAGAAAGGAUGAUGUUUUAAAAGGACUGUUAUUUGAUCUGAGUUUGUUGCAAGAAUCUGCUUCUAAUAACAAAGAUCAAAAAGACGAAAUUGAGGAGAUGGUGGGUUCUGUGGAGGCAUUAGAAGAUGAGCUUGCUGUAAAAACAGGUGAGCUUGAUCAGGCUCUUUCUAAUAGCCAAGUGCUUGAAGCUCAGUUGCAGGACAAAAUAGACGUAAUCUCUUUGCUUGAGUUGGAUCUUACAAAAGAACGCGAGUCUCUAAAACUGCUUUCCAGUGAAAAUCUGGAGCUGAGAGCUCAUAUUGAAGAUGCAUUGGCAGCAAAAACUUAUCUAGAGGAGGAAUUAACAGAGAAAAAGAAUAUAACUGAGAGUUUGGAAAUGGAACUGUCAGAAAUGAGUAAUGCUCUUGGCCAAAUGAAUGAUUUGAUUGAAUCCCUUAGGAGCAAUAUGAGUGAAGUUGCUAGUGAGAGGGAUCUUCUCCAGGAUGAGGUGCACAGUUGGAAAGAAAAGCUUGAAAGGGCACAAGCGCUGGCUGACGAAAAUGAAGCGAUUGCUAUGGAAGCUCGACAGGUAGCUGAAUCAAGAAUGAUCUACGCUGAGGACAAGGAAGCCGAGGUGAAGUUAUUAGAGAGAUCUGUUGAAGAGCUAGAAUGUACUGUAAAUGUAUUGGAGAACAAGGUUAACAUUCUUAAAGAAGAAGCCGAACGACAACGGUUGCAAAGAGAAGAGCUGGAAUUGGAGCUUCAUGCUAUAAAAGAUCAAAUGCAGAAUGUUAAAAAUACUGAUUCUGACAUGAAAAGGUAUUUAGAUCAGAAAGAGAAAAACCUUCAAGAAGCCCUAACGCAUGCUCAACUUCUUGAGAGGGGUAUAGCAGAAAAGGAUGCAGAGAUUGGCCAACUCAAAGCACACAUAUCUGAGCUAAAUUUGCAUGCUGAAGCACAGGCUAGUGAAUACAAGCAAAAGUUCAAGGCAUUGGAAGCCAUGGCUGAGCAAGUCAGGCCCGAAGGACAUUCCAACCAUGUCAUGAAUUCUUCAUCAAACAAGUUAGAGAAGUAUGCCACAAAGUCUAGGGGCUCUGGUUCCCCUUUCAAAUGCAUCGGGUUGGGCAUGGCACAGCAAAUAAAAUCUGAGAAGGAUGAGGAGCUUACUGCUGCAAAGCUGCAUGUUGAAGAGCUUGAAUUUUUGGCAGUAAGCCGACAGAAAGAGAUAUUUGCAUUGAAUGCCAGAUUAGCUGCUGCUGAGAGCAUGACCCAUGAUGUAAUUAGAGACCUACUGGGAGUAAAGUUGGAUAUGACGAAUUAUGUGUCACUGUUGGAUAAUGAGCAAGUGCAGAAGAUAACCGAGAAGGUUCGACUUCAUAGUUUAGAGUCUCAAGAUAAGGAUCAGGAGGUAGUUAAGCUAAAGAAGCAGCUUAAUGAAUUCUUUGAGGAAAGGCGAGGAUGGUUGGAAGAAAUUGAUCGAAAACAGUCAGAAGUAGUAGCUAUACAAAUUGCAUUGGAAAAACAUCGGCAGCGAGACCAGUUACUUAAAACUGAAAAUGAAAUGUUGAAGCUGGAGAAUGUAAAUCAUAAGCAGAAGGUGAUGGAACUUGAAGGGGAAGUAAAGAAGCUGUCCGGGCAGCAAAACCUCCAGCAGCGCAUUCAUCAUCAUGCAAAAAUCAAGGAAGAAAACAACAUGCUAAAAAUUCAGAAUGAAGACCUUAGUGCCAAGCUGCGGCGAACAGAGGUUAUUCUCUCACGUGUCAAGGAAGAGCUUGCUCGGUUCCGCGGUUCCAUGGGAAAGAAUCCCUAUACUGAUUAUGAUGAGGAGCAACGCUUGAGCAUCAAACUGAAGGAAACUGAGGAGGAGAAGGUGCAGUUAGCACAGAAGUUAUUGGGCUUGUGUACCAGUGUUCUAAAGGUCGCUGGAAUAACAAAACGAGCACCCAAUAUUAGCCCUGAAGAGACUGUGGAGGAGGUCAAAAAUAGAUUUACUUCACUGGAAAGAGAAUUGCAGGAUUUGAAGAAUAAGAACAGAAUUAGCCACGAAAGAAUUCGAUUGACUGAGCUCAUGCCACAAUCUUCACCAAUAAACUCAAGGACAGAUGAGAAUUGUCGAACUCCAAGAAGGCAAUCCCAAGCUGUAUUUCUUUCUGCUCUAGAUCGAUAAGCAUGCAUGGCGGUAAUUGGGGAGCUGUUGUUAGCUUUUUGCUAAUAAUGUAUUAUUUUUUGUAUGUAUAGCUGUUUGAAGCUGUAUAUCAAUUCUUUUGUAGUCGUGUAAAUAUUCCCAUAUUAUAAUUACAAUUUAAUGAAAAUCAGUAUAUUUUUUUACCA